AUGAGUAGGAGGCUCAGUGUGACGGGAUCUGGGUCCGUGACAUUGGAGGAGAUGUUCCCGAGGGGUUUUACAUUCAAGAUUCCCUCUACUUCUAUCAGACUAGUGGUUGAAGAGGGACUCAAUCAGCUGCCAUACAGCGAGUGUACAGUGAUCACUCCCACAGGGCAUAAGUAUGAUGGCGUGAAGUUUGAGAAAGGCAACUGCGGUGUCAGCAUUAUGAGAAGCGGCGAGGUCAUGGAGCAGGGACUCAGAGACUGCUGCAGGUCCAUCCAUAUCGGUAAGAUCCUCAUCCAGAGUGACAAGGACACCCAGAAGAUCAAAGUUUACAACACCAAGUUCCCCCUAGAUAUCAACAGAAGGAAAGUCCUCCUAAUGUAUCCCAUUCUCACUACGUAUGGAUCAUCAUGUCAAGUAUGGAUCACCAACAGACUCAAUACUGUACUAACUCCUCCUCGGGACAAAGAGUUCAGGUGAAGUGUUGCUCUACCCUGGGCCCAAGGAUCUGUGCUGUUGGUGUCACUUUUUGAAUGAACCAGAAAUUAGGACUAAAUUGCUCCCGUUAGCAAGGCAAUAGUGUAAUAGUCAUGGGCAUCCCCUGUUUUUAUGAAGAACACUUGACAGUGAGACUUUUCCACUUGAUUUGCUCUUUGCAACUCGAUUUUUGUUAAAUUACACCUUCCAGCUAAGAUAAUUGUGGGAAGGUAUCUUUUAUUCGGCUCUGAAAAUGACCUUGGUAGGUAGCGUGCUUCAUAUUUUUCAGCAUAAUUUUCCCCAGGCAGAUAAUUACACAUUUCUGAGGGAAACUAUAAAGAGCUCACUGGACGGCAAUGAAAAUUAUGAAUAGGCCAAAUGGAGCCACUGAGAGUGAAGUAAUGGUCAUCUUUUUGUCCACUAACUAGCAUCCCUCUCUGGGAGGAUUGAAAACGUGCCUUGAGACAGAUCAAAAUGACAUUUUAUUAUUUUAUAGAAAGUAUCAGCAGAUGAGUCAUAGCAACAUCACUCAAGGCUAGUACUAUGGACAGACUUUUCUUCAAGACUUCAUUCAUGUUGCCUGUUCCUCGGUCAAGUCACUGUGAUGACUAUCCUGUUUUUAUGCUAUCUAAUAUACAUAUGUUCUGCCUUCAGGUACAGAUAACACAGUGAUUGAGGCUGUGAGAGUUCUGACUGAACAUGGUCUCCGGGCCAAACUCCACCCCUCACCUAUAUAACACUGCCUCACCACAAUAACACUGCCUCACCACAAUAACACUGCCUCACCUAUAUAACACUGCCUCAGCUAUAGUCCCUACCUUAAUAUGGAAGUAGACUUCAUAAGGCUCAACAUUCUAGGGUUUCAUACUACACCCUGUUUUCCAUUCAUUCCCGGGCUCUAUUUGUAACUGCGCAAGUGUGAAGCGUGUGUUAUUUUGCAAUUUCGUCAUGCAAAACUGACACAGUGGCAUUUUCCAGCCUUAACGCCCGGUUCGGCAAUAUUUGAGGCUUGUUUUUAAGGACACACCUCAAAUAUGGCCACCGGUCGAGGGGAACUCUAAGAAAAUAGGGAUGGAUAGCCUACCUGAACAAGCCAAAUGCAGGCAUGUGAAUUGUGAAUAAUUAAAAAGCAUUAGAGCAAAAACCCUCCAAAAUAUUUCAAAGCACUCGCAGUAGACCAUUUAAACCCCCUUUUAUCUAUAGGCUACUUUUGGUUAAUGACCUGGACAAAAAUACACACCUAUGCGUUGCUUCUAAACCAGCCUUGAUUAAGGGGGCGGGCAGGCGACAUACUUGGCUUUUAAUCAAAUUAAACGAAAUGGGGGGAAACCAAUAUAAUUUUUAUGUUUCUAAUUACGAUAUUCACCAGCACAAAAGGCACACCUCUCCUUCCAUGGGCACUGUGCUUUUAAAAACUUCCCAUUAACGCUGCUUGAAAUUGUAACUUUUGCGCUUGUUUUUAAGGACAUACCUGCUCAAGUGUAAUGCUUUUAUCAUGUUGCUCCCGCUGUCGGUUGUCAUGCACAUCUGUCUGUCUUCGUGCGUCUUUGAGACCCUGGGCUAUUGUUUCACUGGUAUGGUCAUCGGGGAAGUAUGAUGUCUUGAGGCAUACAUUAAGCAAUGUCUAUUUUUCAUCUAUAUAGUGGGACUUUCAAGCUUAGGUAUGGCUCCGACAUUUUGCUCGACCAUAGAUUGGUUGUGGUGGAAAAGUAAGACACAUUAGCCAGCUUCUCAGUGACUCUUUGGCGGGUAGCAAUGUAUAACCGCGGCAUUGCUUCUUCUGCAAAAUACUUGCGGCUUGGUAGCUGAUAUUUGGGGUCAAUUGUGUUUAGUAGCUUUUUGAAGCCAGGCUUCUCCACUGUAUAGAAGGGGACCAUAUCUUUUGCUAUAUGAUAGGUCACCGCACCUGUUAUCUCCUUCCACCUCCAAGUUCUUGUCAUAUGGGAUGAUGUUUGAAAAUUAUGCAGCUAUGGUAUAUUUAAGCAAUAAGGCCCGAGGCUAAAGGCUGUUCUUAUGAAAGACACAAAAUAAAUGUACAUGUUACAGGCACUAAAAUGCAACUUGGUUCUAUUUUUUAUGAUAUCCUCAUUAGUUUUUAGGAGC